AUGGAAGCUCAUUGGGACAAGAAGGACAAACACACUCGUGUGUUUUACAUCAGCUUCACGACGACUGCUGGUCAGACUAUCGAGGGGGGAACCAAGACUGGCAACUCUGGGAAUGCGACAGCUCCCGAGGGCUUCGUGCUCAGUGGAUUCUACGGUCGUGCUGCAGAUGAAGUGGACCAAAUUGGUGCAAUCUGGACGAGAAAGACGGCCAAGAAUGUGCCACUUACCGACCCAUCGGGCGUGGGUAAUGGCACCUACGGUACGACGAUUCGUAACUGGGUGGGCCCAACUAUUGGCAAGUCCAGUGAUACCGCCUGCUACCGGAAGUCCAUGCCCUUCGACAGCAAAAACAUUUGUCCAUUGGGGUACAGCAAAGAUGGAGACGACUGCGCGGCGCGGUGUCCGUUGUCGUACCCGAUUUCGUGUGGCUUGGAGUGUAUUCCUCAAAACGACGACUGCGUCCUCGCCGCUCUCGCCAAGAUCGGCUCGGUCGUCGCGGUGGCUUUGAAUGCUGCCACCGGCGGUGUAUUUGGUCAAAUUCUGGCGGCGUACAAGAUCGCUAAGUGGGCAGUACUGUGCGUUCGGAAUCUUGUGGAAGUGAUCCGAGGGCUGGUGUAUUAUCUUCGCUACCGUCAAACGUCAGCUCCCGUGGGUGACACAGCCGAAAUGCUUACGGCUGCCUACCAAGCUGACGUCGUUCUGUAUGACCUCCCCAUUGCCAUUUGCACUUGUCUUGGACUCCCAGUCCCUAAGAACGCUCAGUUUGCCGAUACAGUGUUGGUGAUCGUGGAAGGUAUCGUGAAGCAGGCUAUCACCAAUGGUGACGAGAUCGUAUCGACGGGAGCCAAUGUCAUGAAUUUACUAUCGGGCAACGGUAUCGCCAACAAGUCCUCGACUACAGUGGAUGAACUCGAAGAUUUAGUAGCCAAGAACUCAAGUUGCGGCUGGGAGCUCAAGCGUCUCACGGAUCGCGUGACUCGCGCUGUCCUCAAAUAUCGCAAUGCAAGCAGUGAGGUCGACGACAUCCGAGUGAAGGUGUACAAGUCGUCGAUUAACAGCGGCGUAUGA